AUGGGUCGUGGAAGAUGGAGCGUUGAAGGUGGAGAGGUCGUUGCUGCGGCCACGCCUCUUUUGGGCUCGAGGAAGGCUGGCGAGAAAUGCUUGGCCAAAGACUUCCGGUUUAAGUCUUUCUUUUUCCCUCUUUUCACCACCUGCAGGCCGCCCAGUUCCUGCAACACUUGGAGUCUCAGCGCAACGGCCGUUGCGUCACGAGUGUGCUCGACGAGUCCGAGACCGCCUGACGAAGGCCAGAAAGUCUGUCAUGUGCCUCGCCCUUCGAACGCGUUACGCCGUUGCGUAGACUGGCCCGAAGAGUCGGCCAUUUCAGGAGCAUCAGAUCCCGUCUCGUCUCCUCUUUCCCGUUUGAAGGAGUCAAUCGGAGCCAAAGUUUGGACGUAG